AGAAGAAAACAAUACAAAAUCCACACAACCCAUCACUCUCGCCCUCCUGUCCCUCUCUCGACAUGCCUGUCUAUCUCUCUCUCUCUCAUCUCUCUGCCCUCACAUACUUCUUUAUUGUCCUCUCUUGGAAGCCAACUCAAGUUACCCAUCUCUCUCUCUCUCUCUCUCUCUCUCUCUCUCUCUCUCUCUCUCUCUCUCUCUCUCUCUCUCUCUCUCUCUCUCUGUGUGUGUCUCUCCUCUUCUUGUGUUUUCGAUCCCUCUUCUCUCCUGUUGCUUGCUUGGUGUGGAGAAAAGAUAGCUCACUUUCCACAGCCCCAUCUCUCACAUCCUGCUUCCCCUCCACCCUACCUCCUUUUCUGCCCCCCACAAAAGCUAAACAAGCUUGCUGGUUCGCUUGCCUGCUUGGUAUUAGCUACCCCCAAGCAGAUCGGGCCAACCUGCAACUACUUCAAGAGAUCGCUGUCCCUGCCCUAGCAGCCUUCUUUCUCCUUCGUGACAACACAUGCAUGCACCCAGGCUGCUGCUUCCUGUGCUGUGCAUCACACGGGUCUUGGAAAGCUAGCCUCGUUAGCUUCUUGGUGCCAGUUGAUUGGAAAGGAGCGAGAGAAUUAUUGAGCGGUUGGCAUCAGCCGCUUGCAUCCACUAUAGAGGCAGCGAGCGAGAGCGAGAGGGAUCGGCAAAGGGCGCCCUAGGGGAGCUACUACUAGCUGCCGCACGAUACUACAGCCAUGUGCGACUACUUCCUUCCGAGGAUGGAGGGCGACCAGGCCGGCGGCGGAGACCUCACGGACAUCGUCCGGUCCGGCGGAGCCAUCCCUGGAAACGCCGCGGACACGCCGUCCACGGCCGCCGCGGACGAGUGGCAGCUCCAGGGGGACGCGACGAUGCUCUUCCCGCCGCUUCCCUCGUCGACGACAGCAUCGGAAGUAGGCUGCGCCGCCGUCUUCGGCACCGACCCUUUCUCCGGCCUCGUGGACCCGUUCAGUACCGACUACUCCUCGGGCGCCGACUUCCUGGACGCCAUGCCGGACGCGAUGGCCAAGGUCGGCUUCGACACGACGGCUAUCUGUGGCGGCAGCGGCAGCGGCAGCGGCUGCAGAGGAGGAGGCGGAGGCCAACUCAUAGACAUGAGCCGGAAGCAGCAGCCUCUCUUGCCGCGGGGGUUGCAGAUGCCGGCGGUUGGAGGAGUGCUGACGCCGAGGGUGGUGCUGCCGUCGCCGUUGUCGCCGAGGGAGAUACGACCGUACCCGGCGUUAGCCGGAGACAUGGUCAAGCUCGGAAUCACGGCCGGGCAGGUGGCCGGGUGCGCCAUCGACGCCGCCGUUGUCGACAUGCAGAUGUCUUCGCCUCGCGCCGCGGGCGGGAUCAAGCGCAGGAAGAACCAAGCAAGGAAGGUGGUAUGCAUCCCAGCGCCGACAGCAGCAGGGGGGAGACCAACUGGAGAGGUGGUUCCUUCUGAUCUCUGGGCCUGGAGGAAGUACGGCCAGAAGCCUAUCAAGGGUUCUCCUUAUCCAAGAGGGUACUACAGAUGCAGCAGCUCGAAAGGAUGCUCGGCGCGGAAGCAAGUGGAACGAAGUCGGAAUGACCCCAACAUGCUCGUCAUCACCUACACCUCCGAGCACAACCAUCCAUGGCCGACUCAGCGCAACGCCCUGGCCGGGUCAACUCGGAACCACCACAGCAAGAACAGCGGCGGCAGCUCAGGUUCCAAGAACGAGAAGCAACAGCAGCAAUCCAACACCGACGUCAAGGAAGAGCCCAACAAGGAUCCAGCCACCACCACGACGACGACGACGACCACUAGCACGAUCACUACAAUGACAACCAGUGCUUCUCCGGCAGCGGUCGUGAAAGAGGAGACUCUGGCAGCUGGGUCGUCAGAGGCGCCGCUGGGGCAAGUCAUGGAUACAGCAGCAGCAGCAGUAGACCACAGUAUCGAGCUCAUGGACCAGGUGUUCAGCUGUGAGAGCUACAAGCCGAUGAUGAUCCCGGAGGCCGGCGGCCACUCAUCUGACGACUUCUUCUCCGACCUCGCGGAGCUGGAGUCGGAUCCCAUGAGCCUAAUCUUCUCCAGAGAGUACAUGGAAGCGAAGCCAAGCGGUGGCGAUGGUGACCAUCGUGGGCACCAGGAGAAAGCGAUGACGUCCAAGGACCUGGAUCCACUGUUCGACAUGCUGGACUGGUCUGCCAAUUCCUCGUCGUCAGCAGUGAGCUCGUCGUUUGAGCAACAAGGAAACAGAGGGUAAUCGAUCGUCGAUCCAUUGGCAUAUGUACGUGCACACAUACGUUUGAUCAGAGAGAAGCUAAUAACAACAAACCCAGAGAAACUAAGAUCACCACAAGGUCAUGAGUUAAAUUAAGACGAGAGAGAGUUCCUCCUUUUUCUUCACUUUCUUUUCCUCUUUAGUUCUUUAAUUUGGUUCUUAUCAUAUCAUUUGUGUGAGAGAGAUUGGAAUUUUUUGUUGUUGUUGUUGUUGUUGAACGUGCUCGAUCUUGGAUAUGAGCCUUGUUUUUUAAGGUUUGUGUCA